AUGCCGGCGGCGGAUAAUUCGAAGGAGCUGUGCUCGCCGGCGGCGGUGACUGAUCCAGCGGAAUGUGCGGAUGGAGAUGCGGUGGUCGCUGGAGACGAUUGCGUCAGCGCCGACAAGGGAGAGGUGGCGCCGGCCGUCGCAGUGGCGGCGCCGAUCCCUGAGGGUACUUCGCCACUUGUGGUGGAUAAGCAUCGCAGUUCUUUCACUUCUUGGAAUUUAUACCAAAAACAGAAUCCGAGCUUUGAGUCUUCUACGCCCUGGUGCCGGCUUUUGUCGCAAUCGGGUCAGAAUCCAAAUGUUCCUAUUAGCUCCCCUGCUUUCUCAAUUGGUUCUAGCAGACAGUGUCACUUCUCAUUGAAGGACCAGACAAUAAGUGGUGUUCUCUGCAAGAUCAAGCACACCCAGCGAGAAGGCGCUGCUGUGGCCAUACUAGAGAGCACGGGUAGCAAGGGAUUGGUUCAAGUAAAUGGAACUGCUGUCAAGAAGAACUCCAGUUGCACGCUAAGCUCGGGGGAUGAGAUCGUCUUUGGCAUGCUGGGGAACCGUGCUUAUAUAUUCCAGCAAAUGGUAUCUGAUCUCACAGUUAAGGGUGCGGAGAUGAAAAGCAUGGGAAAAUUCUUUCAGCUCCAGCGGAGAUCAGGGGAUCCUUCGGCUAUGACUGGGGCUAGCAUAUUGGCAUCCAUUUCAAACCUGAAGCAAGAUUUAUCACGAUGGAAGACGCCUGGCCCGACUUCCUUCAAAAUCUAUCAAGGACCUGAAGUCCCUGCUCAUUCUGCAAUUAAUGAUGGGAUGGACAUGGAUGAUGGCCUGGAAGGCAAUUCGGCGCCGAAUGCGGUGAGUGAGAAAGCAGCAGAAGAUGGAGCAAUGGGCAAGAGUCUUCCUGACGACAGCAGCCAGGACGCUGGCAUAGAGGCAGGCAAUGUAAAAAUAUCUUGGGUGAAUCAUUUGCUAAGGCCUUCCUUGAGGAUGUUUGCUCUAUCAACUAGCUGUAAACUGAAAUUGAGUGAAAGUAUGUGUUAACAGGUACUGGAAGAAUCGAGCGAGUGGACAAGGGAUUCACAACCAGCAUCAACAUCAGGCAUGUCUUUACGUUGUGCAGUAUUCAAGCAAGAGGUUCAUGCAGGAAUCCUUGAUGGCAGAGAGAUGAAAGUGUCAUUCGAUAACUUUCCAUACUACUUAAGUGAGAACACCAAGAAUGUGUUAAUCGCUGCUUCAUUUAUACAUUUGAAGCACAGAGAACAUGCUAAAUAUGCCUCAGAACUUCCAACAGUGAACCCAAGGAUUUUGCUUUCAGGCCCUGCUGGGUCGGAGAUUUAUCAGGAGAUGUUGGUAAAGGCACUUGCUAAUCACUUUGGUGCCAAAUUGCUCAUCUUUGACAGCCAUUCAUUUUUGGGUGGUUUAUCUUCCAAGGAAGCCGAGCUAUUAAAGGAAGGAUUUAAUGUUGACAAAUCCUGCAACUGCACAAAACAAAACCCUCUUCCAGAUGACUUGGUCAACGCGAUUACUUUGCCAAUUGGUGAUGGUGAUGCACCUAGCUCUUCAAACGCUCCCUCUCCUUUUGUCCCAGAUUCACAACCGAAGGUCGAGAAUGAUAAUGUGGCUUCAUCCUCUGGUGCAUCCAAUAGUAAUUCGUUUAGAUUAGGCGACAGGGUAAGGUUUGUUGGGUCAGCUUCUGGUUCCUUGUACCCUUCCUCCUCGCCAUCAAGGGGCCCGGCUUCUGGGAAAUGUGGAAGGGUAGUGUUACUUUUCGAGGAUAAUCCUCUGUCCAAAAUUGGUGUGAGAUUUGAUAAAUUUGUCCCUGAAGGAGUUGACCUUGGGGGUUCUUGUGAGGGAAGUCAUGGGUUCUUCUGUAAUGCUGCUGAUCUUCGUUUGGAGAACUCCUGUAGUGAAGAUUUAGACAAGCUACUAAUUGACACAUUGUUCGAGGCUGUCUCCAGUGAGAGCAGGAAUUGUCCUUUCAUUUUGUUUGCGAAAGAUGCUGAGAAGUCUAUUGCUGGGAACUCAGAUGCAUUCGCUACAUUUAAAAGCAGAAUCGAAAAGCUUCCCAAUAAUAUUGUUGUCAUUGGUUCCCAUACCCAUACUGACAACCGCAAGGAGAAGUCACAUUCCGGUGGUCUUCUUUUCACAAAGUUCGGGAGCAAUCAGGCGGCUCUUCUUGAUUUGGCUUUUCCAGAUAGUUUUGGAAGGCUUCAUGAGAGAGGAAAAGAAGUUCCAAAGGUGGCAAAACUUCUUACAAAGCUCUUCCCCAACAAAGUUACGAUCCACAUGCCACAGGACGAAGUGCUUCUUGCAUCUUGGAAGCAUCAGUUGGAUCGAGAUUCCGAGACCCUAAAGAUCAAAGGGAAUUUGAAUAAUUUGCGAACUGUUCUCGGUCGAUGCGGAAUGGAAUGUGAAGGACUUGAUACGAUAUGCAUAAAGGACCAAACACUUACCACUGAGAGUGCAGAAAAGGUCAUUGGAUGGGCUCUAAGCCAUCAUUUAAUGCAGAAUCCUGAAUCUAAUGCUGAUUCACGGCUUGUUCUGUCCAGCGAGAGCAUCCAGCAUGGCAUUGGGAUCUUGCAUGCUAUUCAGAACGAGUCUAAGAGCUUGAAAAAGUCACUCAAGGAUGUUGUAACUGAAAACGAAUUUGAGAAAAGGCUUCUUGCUGAUGUUAUUCCCCCCAGUGACAUAGGAGUCACAUUUGAUGACAUUGGAGCUCUUGAAAAUGUCAAAGAUACAUUGAAGGAGCUAGCCAUGCUUCCUCUACAGAGGCCUGAACUUUUCUGCAAAGGGCAAUUAACCAAGCCUUGCAAGGGCAUUCUUCUGUUUGGUCCCCCUGGAACAGGCAAGACUAUGCUCGCGAAGGCUGUGGCUACUGAAGCUGGUGCAAAUUUCAUCAACAUUUCCAUGUCAAGUAUCACAUCCAAGUGGUUUGGUGAGGGCGAGAAGUAUGUGAAAGCUGUUUUCUCACUUGCCAGUAAAAUUUCCCCGAGUGUUGUAUUUGUUGACGAAGUUGAUAGUAUGUUGGGACGGAGGGAGAAUCCAGGGGAGCACGAGGCCAUGCGCAAGAUGAAAAAUGAAUUUAUGGUCAACUGGGAUGGCUUGCGGACUAAAGACACAGAACGAGUACUGGUACUUGCAGCCACAAAUAGACCUUUCGACCUGGAUGAGGCAGUCAUCCGUAGGCUUCCUCGUCGAUUGAUGGUAAAUCUUCCAGAUGCUCCAAAUAGAGCAAAAAUUUUGAAAGUUAUACUGGCAAAAGAAGACUUAUCUCCAGAUGUCGACUUGGAUGGAAUUGCAAGCAUGACAGAUGGUUACUCAGGAAGUGACCUUAAGAAUCUAUGUGUAACUGCGGCGCACAGGCCAAUUAAAGAGAUAUUGGAAAAGGAGAAAAAGGAGCGCGCUGCAGCUCUAGCAGAAGGCAAACCUGCUCCAGCUUUGAGAGGGAGUGCUGAUAUACGGUCUCUCAAUAUGGAAGAUUUCAAAUAUGCGCAUGAACGGGUAUGUGCGAGCGUAUCAUCCGAGUCUGUAAACAUGACUGAGCUUCUGCAGUGGAAUGAACUCUACGGUGAAGGUGGUUCGAGAAGAAAGAAGGCACUCAGCUAUUUCAUGUGAAGUACUAUUGUUCACUAAUUCAGUCACAAUUUUUGACCGGCUGCUCGUCCUCCCAAAGCUGCUGCGAAAGUAAUCUAUUUUGUUUCUUGUAACCUGGGAAGCCCAUAGGUUGUCUUAGUUUCUCCUUGUAAUGUUUUCUGGCCAAGGUUUUUUUUCCCCUUCCUUCUUGGAUUGUUGGUAUAAAAGAGAGAGAGAGAGAGAGAGAGAAAAGCAUCCAAUAGCUUUUAAUUUGGCUCCGCAUCAUAUCUGUCCUCUUUUGCUUUCUAUUCAGCUCUGAGGAUUUACUGAUUCUCAUGUGAAUGAACUUUUGUUCAUCUCUUUUAGGUGAAAUAACUUACUAUCA